AUGAUUGAUCUUUAUUAUGCUAUCCAAAAUGACCUAGUUGAUACUAUGUCAGGAUUGAUGGAAUCUGUUGAUACUGUAUUUGAAGCUGAAAACAAUCCAAAAAUUCCAGAAAUUUUAUUUCAUCAGCCAACAAUUCUUUCUUUAGCAACUUUCUUAUGUUCUCAGAAAUGUUUUGCCUAUCUAAUUAACAACAAAGCCGAUUUAAAUAGAUUUGAUCACUCAGAACAAGAGAUGCUUCCAAUUCACUUUGCAAUUGCAUCAAACAAUCUUUCAUUUUUCAAAGUAUUAGUUUCCAAAGGAUCUAUUGUUAAAGGGUCAUUAUAUUUCGCAGUUAAAUUCAAUAAUAUACAAUUUUUCAACUAUAUUUUAUCAAAUAAUUUAGAAAAUCCACAAGAUAUUGUAUAUAAUACAACAGCAUUAGAUUAUGCAAAGAGUUUAAAGCGCACUGAGAUGGUAAAAGCUUUAAAUGAAUUAAUAUCAAAAGAAAAUUCUCAGAAUGAAGAAAAAGAAAUAGUUUUAAAGCACGAAAAUCCUUUAAUAAAUGCUGUAUUAGCUAAUGAUAGCAAAACAGUAUCCAAAAUCCUUGAAAAAGAUCCAUCAAAAAUAAAUUCAACAGAUGACAAAGGAAAUACAGCCUUUCUUCUUGCCAGCCAAAAGAACUUAGUCGAAAUGAUGAAAUUACUCUAUGAAAAAGGCGCCGAUGUCAAUAUUCUGAAUAAAGGAGGAAGAUCUGCACUUCACGAGGCCUGUUACAAAAACAGACUGGAGGCAGUGCAGUAUCUAGUUACUCUACCAACAUUGGACAUCAAAAUAAAGACAGCAAAUGGAAGAACUGCGUUGCAUUGCGCAUCUAAAUGUGGAAAUCCAGAAAUUGUCAAACUUCUACUUCACGAUUUAUCACCAAAUUUCCAGGAUGAUGAUGGAGAUACUCCUCUGCACAUUGCAGCAAAUAAUCAGCAUUCCGAUGUAAUUCAUCUUCUUUUGGACGUUCCUGGUGUUAAAUUCAAUAUCAGGAACAAAGGAGGUCGUGCAGCAUUCGAUUUGUGCUCGCAUAAGUUCCUCCUCCCUUUCAGACCGAAAAUGAACGAAAUCAUUGAAAAUGCACGCGAAAGGAUCAAAGAAAAGAAGGAAGAGAAAAAGAAGAAUCGAAACCAAACACAAAAACAAUAA